UGCCAAUUUUGAUUAUACUUCCUUUCCAGACUUUACCCUUCAGGCAACAAGAACAAAGGUCUUAUAAUGUUCAAUUAAACACAUAAUAGCUCGUAAUUGUACGGAAACUUUAAACCAUUCCAUAUCAGUUCUAAUACUACCUCUAUCAUGCCUUGUAUCUUGUCUUGGCUCUAAGACUAAGUCAUUUAUCAUCUAAUAUUCGAUAAUAAUGGUCUUCAGUUUUGGUUAAUGAGUGAAAGCAGCUAAAUAAACAUGUGGGCUGAGGAGCAGAAACUGGAAAAUGAAAAUUAAUAUAAGUGACAACACGUUUAGAUUUCUCCUGUAAGUAAGCUGACACCACACACUGUCCAUUGCACAGACUGGCACCUUGCUGGAUAACCUGCUUUCAAAUUAAAUGAAUAUUGCACAAUGUAACACAAAUAAUGCCUUUAUCAUGACACAAGAAUGUCAAAUUUACACCCAAUCUGCUGGAAUGCAAAGCCAUGACUUUUCAGGAUUUCUUCAUAUCACGUUAUCAGUGUUGGUCCCUCAAACUAUGGCGAAACUCAGCUGAAGCCAAAGAGAAAAGAAGUAAGAAAAUAAAUAAAUAAAUAGAUAAUGUAAAAAAAAAAAAAAAUCAGUAGAACCAUAAAUUUUAUAUAAUCUCAAUUUCUCAAGCAAGUGAGGCAAACAGCUUCGUCCACUACAUUAUGACUGUUUUAAAAGUCCCUUUAAUUAUAAACUAAUCUUUCAGUAGGAUCCUACUGAGCUGUGUUGUCUGCAGGGUUCAGUCGCAUGCAGGCAGGUGCAUUAAUUGCACCAUUAUAAACUAGUUAAUGUGCAACCGAGUCAAGAUGUGGACCUUUGCCUUCCGCUUACGUUGCUGAAUUGCACUGGUGGAUUAAGCAUUACAUGGCUUAUUGUUCAAGCCCGGAGCAUUCCCGUUGUCGGUGUUUCUUUCUAACCUUCAACUUUUCCCUUCAGAUAUGAAAGGGCCAAAGUUCAUUAAGUGCAACUGAUGUCAGAUUUUGAAUGGAGUUCAAGAGUGAAUGAAGAAAUGAGGUGCCACCACUGAAGGAGACAUCGAGGUAAUCGCCACAUCUAGCAGAUCACAAGUUCACUUCAAAGAUGAACAGCAAGGACAGAGAUAUGUUUGCAAACAUCAAUCGGAAGCCAGGCCUGCAGAUAUGGACCAUCAGUAAAAUGCGGAUGGCUCCGGUUCCAACCAAGACCUUCGGUAACUUCUUUGAGGGCGACUGUUACAUUAUUCUGAAUAUAAGCAAGAAUAAGGGUGUGGGAGAGUCGAUCGACAUCCACUAUUGGAUAGGAAAGUCCUCCUCCCAGGAUGAGCAGGGAUCUGCAGCCCUCUACGUCACCCAGCUGGACGAGUAUCUGGGUGGGAGUCCAGUGCAGUACAGGGAGGUGCAGGGCUUCGAGUCACCAAAGUUCAGGAGCUACUUUAAAAACGGCCUGAUCUACAAGAAGGGUGGCCUGGCGUCAGGCUUUAACCAUGUCGACACAAACGUCUACAACAUCGUGCGGCUGCUGCACGUCAAAGGGAGGAAGCAUGUGUCAGCUGCAGAGGUUGAGGUGUCCUGGAACAGCUUUAACAGUGGAGAUGUGUUUAUUCUGGACCUUGGGAAAACCAUCAUACAGUGGAACGGCCCUGAAUGCAACAGGAGGGAAAAGCUCAAGGCGGUGCUGCUGGCUCAGGACAUUCGGGACAGGGAGCGUGGAGGUCGGGCCGACGUCGUCGUCGUGGAGGGAGCACGUGAGAAGGACACACCAGAGGUGGUACAAAUGAUGGCCGACGUGCUCGGCAAAAGACCCAGCCAGCUGAAGAAGCCUGUUUCUGAUGACAAACAUGACCAGGAGCAGAACAACAGCGUCCGACUCUACCACGUGUAUGACAACACUGGCAACGUAGUGAUCCAAGAGGUGGCCGUGCAGCCUCUGACACAAGAUCUGCUCCGCUCCGCUGACUGUUAUAUUUUGGACAACUGCGGCUCUAAUGUGAUGGUCUGGAAGGGCAAAAAGGCCUCAAAGGAUGAACGUCGAGAAGCUAUGAAGAGAGCGCUGAACUACAUUAAAACCAAAAACUAUCCGUCCAGCACCAGUGUGGAGGUGAUGAGUGAGGGAGGAGAGUCAGCCAUGUUUAAACACCUGUUCAAAAACUGGAGGGAAAAAGGGCAAAUUACCGGACUGGGCAACACCCACACUGUUGGAAAGAUAGCCAAGGUUGAGCAGGUAAAGUUUGACGUGAUGGAGCUCCACGCUCACCCUGACAUGGCGGCAAAGCACCACUUGGUUGAUGAUGGCUCAGGAGAAGUGAAGGUGUGGCGCAUUGAGAAUUUGGAACUGGCUGAGGUCCAGCCAAAUAUGCACGGGCAGUUUUAUGGAGGCGACUGCUACUUGGUGCUGUACACAUACCGCGUGUCAAACAGAGAGCAGUACAUACUCUACAUGUGGCAGGGUCGCCAUGCCACCAGAGAUGAGAUCACAGCCUGCGCCUACCAGGCGGUCACCGUUGACAACAUGUACAACGGAGCCCCUGUCCAGGUGCGAGUGGUGAUGGGAAAGGAGCCUCGCCACUUCCUGGCUAUCUUCAAAGGAAAACUCAUCAUCUUUGAGGGAGGAACAGGUCGGGCUGGAGCAGUCAGCCCUAGCACCACCGCCAGCCUCUUCCAGGUUAGAGGAACCUCUGACCUGAACACAAAGGCCACUGAAGUUCCAGCAAGGGCCUCGUGUCUAAACAGCAACGACGUGUUCUUGCUGAGGACCCCUCAGAAAUGCUAUCUGUGGUAUGGAAAGGGCUGCAGCGGAGAUGAGAGGAUGAUGGCCACGGAAAUGUCUGACCGCCUGUUUAGGCAGUAUAAGGAGGUGGUGAUGGAGGGCCAGGAGCCAGCUGAGUUCUGGAUUGCUCUCGGAGGAAAGGCCCCCUACGCCAGCGACAAGAGACUGGAGCGAGAGGAUCCACUUCACUCCCCCCGUCUGUUUGAGUGCUCGAACCAGACGGGUCGGUUCAGGAUAACCGAGGUCUAUAACUUUGACCAGAGUGAUCUGGACGAGGAGGACGUGAUGCUUCUGGACACCUGGGAGGAGAUUUUCUUGUGGGUUGGAAAGUUUGCCAAUGAGACUGAGACCAAAGAGUCUUGGAACAGCGCACGCGAGUACCUGAAGAUGCAUCCAGCUGGCCGCGACCCUGACGCGCCAAUCAUCUUUGUGAAACAGGGGAAUGAGCCGCUCACCUUCACUGGCUGGUUUAACGCGUGGGAUCCUUUCAAGUGGAGCGAGCUGAAUGCCGGCAGCUUAAAUAAAGGCGUUGACGCAACAGACUUUGGAGGCUACAGUGCUCCUGGAGGGCCUGCAAGCACAUUCCCAAUGUACAGGACCCACGGAGGGAUGAUGUCGCCAAAGUCCACCACUCCCACCAGCCCGUUCAGAGGCACCUACUCCCCAGCUGGCAGCAGUGGGAUGUCUGUGGACUCUAAGCUGCUCAUUAAUGUACCCGCCAGUGAGCUUCCAGAGGGAGUGGACCCCAGCCAGCGAGAGGACUACCUGUCUGACGAGGACUUUGAGAACCUGCUCGGUGUCAGUCGGUCUGAGUUUCUGGGUAUGCCCCAAUGGCGUCAGAUCGAACUGAAGAAAAAGGCAGGACUCUUCUAGGAAGGAUUUAUCUUCUGGAUUUCACAGAAGCGGCGUUAGACCGGUCCGUCCGAGAUACCGAGAAAUCCAAGCUAACGACGGUUUGUUGCCAUUGUUGACAGAAGCAGGAGCAGCAGCGAUUUAUUCGAAUAACUUAUUCACUUAAAUGUUUUCAACCACUUAGCAAGCUCAGAUGAUUCAUAAAGAAAAAUCUACUUAUAAACCGAUUGAGUUAUUGUUAUUUAAUAAAUGUGCUCUUCUUAUAAAAGCAUUCCAAUGUAUUCAAGCUGAUCGCCUAAUAAAGUUUUCUUUGUUCUUGCCAUGAAUCAAAAUGUAACAAAUAAAGAGAAAACCACCCAUAAGAGAGUAAAGCUGCUUUUAUUCGUGAACUAGUGCCAAUGCCAACACGUUGGAGACACAAAGUUGUCACUAAAACAAGCAUUGAGAAGAAAAUUACAAUACAAGACAUUAAGUGUGAUUUCAUUAACUGUAAUUCUGUACGAUCUCAUCAUGAUGCAUCUGUAAAAUGUAAAUUAUAAGACAGUGUAUGGUACAAGACUUUGGCUUGAGAAAAGGUGGACAAAGGCACAUAAACUCUCUAAAGAGAUAAGAUUAUUCCUAUUUAAGAAAGUAAAAUAAGAGACAAGGCGUGGACUGGUAUAGUGUUGCACCACAAUAACAUUUCAAAUAAAAACAACAAAAAUAGAUAAAGUUAGCAGUUUUUAAGUCCCUAAUACAUAUACUAUUGCACCCUUCUACCAUUCUGUUCACAAAGUGACACUUGGAACCUACGGGUAACAGCUAUCAGCCUUCCUUAAAAAAAAAUACUGCUUGUCUGAUAUCCAGGGUCAGACUAAAAUGCAGGCAAGACAGCAGUAUGACGACAAUGUUUAAUGAAAGAAAUACAAAAGCCUUACUGAAAGAACCGGUGGAUUCGGAACAUGUGAGAAUCCAACUAACAGGGAAACAAAGAGUAUUAAUGCAGAAGGACAAAUCAAGAGAUGAGGAACAGCUGGAGGGAAAACACAGGCCUGGGAGGGAUGAGGCAUUGGAUCAGCUGUGCAGAGGAGAGGGGCACAU